UCCGCAUGUUACACCUCUGAAGCUGAGUUUCCAAAAUUCGUAUAUAUUUUUUACCCUCGGGCCUCGCAGUUACGAGCGACACUUGAUGCAAAGUUUGACCAAUGAAUUCAGGCGCCUUGAGCUCACAGAUAAGUAGGGAUCAUAUCGAGAGAUGGCAACAGGGGAUAUCUCCAAAGCCAGAGGGAAAUCAUGGAAUGAUAGCCCGCAUGUUUGAUACAUGCCUCGGGCUGCUUCGAAACUUGAUUAAACACUCCAGUCCUACAUGGAUCACAACACCUGGAAACUGCACGCUUCGGCAAGGCUACGCCACAUUACAACUCUGGGAGCAUGGUCAUGGAGUGGUUGAAGGAAGACUUGAUGAGCACCUCAAGCGAUCAACGGAAGUUCGACAAGCUACCAUCGAGAUCCUGAUCCAUUUGUGCAGAUGUCUGAUAGACGGAAUAUCGAAUUUCGUCUUACCGCAGGUGAAUGAUGCCUCAGUCCAACUUCAGCACACAGCAGCCUCAGAGCUUUAUAAUGAAUGGAAAUGGCACUUAAAGGCUGCCGACGAGAGCUCAAGUGAGGACGAAAGCGACAGUGGUGAUGAUCAUGAAGAAGACAAUUUACCAACACAAGUAGAUAUGAUGAUCCGCAGAUCGAAGACAUACAUAAACUGCUUAAUUGGUCUUGGUACUGCGUUAGAAUGCCCAGCUCCGGAUGAGUCCCACGACGAUGAGCCUGGCGUGGUAGGGGUGGGCCCACGUUCUGCGCACGACUAUCACACUGAUCUGAUACAAUCAAAGUACCCAGAGGCUGAAGUACAUUUAGUGCAGGUUUUGGGCAAAAUCAGCUGGUCGCGUUUCUUACGUAUGCAACGUGAGCGCGACAACAAUACCGCUGCGACGCCUGAGCUACAGGGCCUACUAGUACCCCUUGCUACCAAAUCCACUGGCCUUAGUUCUGAAUUUCAGGAUUCAGGGGUUGGCACUUCUCUCGCAAAAUCACAGUCAUCGUAUGCGGAAUCGACUGUAUCGUUCAUGACGAGCGUAUCGGGUGGCGAGCGAGUCCGCAUCCCACCGCUGCCAGCAGAAGGGAAAAAUGGUCAACCCUUUGAGUGUAUCGCAUGCGCAAAACUCGUAAGGGCAGAGAAUAAUCACGAAUGGAGGAAGCACCUCUUUAGCGAUUUGCAGCCUUACAACUGCUUCUAUCGUGAAUGCCACUUCAACGCAACCGCAUUUACGAACCUUCAAACUUGGAAAAAUCAUCUAGAAUUCGAACACAAUUGUGGACCUGCAUGGGAAGCAAUUAAAUGUCCACUUUGUUUGGAUCUUACAGGAGACGGAAAGAGCGCCAUCUUAACACAUUUUGCGAGACAUAUGGAAGAUAUUGCUCUUCUAGCUCUACCAGCUGCAGUGGAAUCAGAUGCUGAGUCAGACACAAGUAUAGAUACGCCCUUUGAUAUCAAUGGAGUGGAGCCGACACCCCCAAGAGAGUCGGAACCAGCUCGAUCGCCAAGCAACCCGCCCUCAUCGCCGCAUUUAAAUGCCCAACCACGGCCACAACCAUGUGUUCCACAACUGAACUGGGAAUCAGGAGAUCCAUCGAAUCUACAGGAGAUCAGUGAGUUUUUAGAUAUGGAAAUCCGCGAGUGUGAACAAAACCCGUCGAAAUGGGUAUCAAAAGAGUGGCCUGUUAAACAAAAGAUCAGGGAACUUUUGGACAAGAAAGUCCACGAGCUUGAACAGGAAUCUAUCACUGAAGGAUCAGAAGAGUGGCAGCAUCUUCGGGGUUAUGUGCAGAGUAUUACCAAGCUCUUGAGCAAAAAGAUACGCGAGCAUAGUGCAAAAACUUUGGACGAUGAAUCAGAAGAGCCGAGGAACCUACAGAAAAUCAGAAAACUCUGGGAUGAGAAAAGACCAAAUGAUGGCCAAGAACCGCCGGGCCGUGCUAACUAUGUUCGAUACCCGAUCAAAGGAUCCAAGCGGACGUUUGAGGGUGACACUACUAUAAUCAACGGCUACCUUCAGCUCGAGUCUUUCGCGGGAAGCAUAUAUCUCGUGGUCUUGGAUCAAAAUGAGCCUCAUAACCAGUUACUAAGAGAACAACUAAGCAAGGGCAUUGAAUACCGAAGGGCGGGAGAAGCAACCCUUCUCUGUACCCAAAAGAAUGGAACGGAACUGUUACUCGAUUUCCAAGACCCCGAAGGCUGCGAAUCCGUAUGGAUACAUAUCAGAGAGGCAAUAGACUACCCUAUACACGCACAUCAAAUAGACAGUACUGAAGAACCACGCGAGCUGGCUUGUCCACCACAUAUGAACCUUACGACUCCAUCAGAACAUGCACCAAACUCGCCAAGUAUCGCCGGUGGCAAUGAAUUACUACCUGAGAGCCUUGAGGAGCCGUUCCUACCGGCGUCUCAACCCUACUUGUGGCCGUCUGAUUCGGAGCCUAAGUCACCAUCCCUCAAUCCAGAUCUCAAAGAGAACCACCCAGACAUGACGGAACGCCACAACAACUUUCCAAUAAACGAGGAGAUCAAUUACAGCAUGCGUGAAGUUUCGCCAGAACCCGAAGCUACGAUCAAGGAUAAACCUCAACUUAUUCCGCAGUUACAAUACCCGUUAGCAGUUUCGGACCCAGCAGCCACUCUAACAUCAGAACAAGUAGAACUUCAGCCAGCGCAGCCUAUAGAGGUUGCGAAGCUCCAGAGGACAAAGAGAGAACACAUUUGCCCAUAUUGUGCCAAAAUCUUCACCAAGAAGUUCAACUUCGAGUCGCAUCUUGCAACUCACGGCGGCAGUCAACGAUUGGAAUGCCCACAUUGCGAUAAAACGUACGUCAGAGAUUGCGAUUUAACCCGCCAUAUAAGACUUCACCAUGUAAAUAGCACAGUUACAUGCGGUGGCGUACUUCCAGAUGGUAGGAAGUGGGGAUGUGGAACUAAUUUUGCAAGACUUGAUAUACUUCGCAGACAUCACAAAUCUAGAAAGGGCAAACAAUGUCUUGCAGAAAGAGACAGCGAAGAGUAACCAAUAGCUUCAAUAUCUUAACUAGGGGCUAACAAUUCAUGUAAAGCAUAUCUUAAGGCUACUUUAGUAGAUUGAAUAAAGCUCUGGCGUUCGACCUAAAGGAUAGUAUUAGUCUAGUAUAUCACAACUAUAUCUUUCUCUUGAAGAGGCUAGCGGUUUAACUAAAAGCUUCG